CCAGUCCACGACAAGUUAGCAGGACGUGUGUUGAACCCGUCAGUACGCGCAGUUUACAUGGAUGCUAACUGGAUUUGACAACAUUUGUCGCUGACAACAACACAGUGAGCAGGAAUCCUGAUUCACCUGGAAAACCUGGAGUAUUAUAUUUACAAGACUUUUUACAAGGCUACCUGCCUACUUUAAUGACCUGCAGAUGGAUAACCAUGGCACAGAUACAUGUCAGGACCAGUCAGGGCUAGUGCGCACAGGCACACACACAUGGCCCUGUGAGCUGUGACUGUGACUAUCAAGGAAAUUCCUCAGUCCUCCAGGGUCACCUCCGUGGGCUCUCUAUCUGGCCAUUUGUACAGCUGCACAAGCUUCUGUUUCUACAGCACACGCACACACACACACACACACACACACACACAGAGCACACUCUGUAUGGACAUGUUGUCUUAGUCACUCAAGAGGUCACUGGAAGCUGAAGUCAUUAUUUGCCCCAGCGCAGGCCUAUGACCAUGAUGGUACACUGAAAUUGAGAGAGAAGCUUGGGACUGUUAUGUAGCAUGACCUGAAGUGGAUCGCUCUCAUCAUCUAAAGCUGCAGCAAAACAAAGGCUAAAGCAGAACGUUCCAGGGACACGAGAUGUCUACUGAGGAAAAUCAGACACAGGUCGAGGCUGUAGUUCUGGCUCAGCGUGCUACACCCCCAUCCACUGGGAGCAGACCCAGCAGAGAGGCGAGACACGCAAAUGACAGCCAGGAAGUGCGGCAACACUUGGACCAACUGUGGCAUUCAAAACAGCGGAGCAGCCCUUCCCUCCUCUUGUAUAGGAAGUUGCCAUGUGACAGUGGGAAAGUGGCAAUUUUGGACGAGGGAUACGAGUGUUUGGAGUACAGAUCAAAACUCUCGAGUGCUGCGGCGAAACUUUAUCCAGAGCUAAAGGCUGGCAAGAGAAUUGAUGGAAUAACUAACACAGCUAUGCCGAUACCUGGGAAAAGUUCAGAGGGAUCUCCGUGCCAGCUGGACACCCCUGGGGAGGGCGUGGAUGCAGGCAGAAACAGAACUGGCAGCGCCCGUUGCUCCUGCACUCUGUCUAGCCUUUACACAAGUCCAAACAUCUAUUGUUGCCACAGCUCCGGAUCAAGUCCGAGCCCCAGCUCCAGCCCUGUUCACAGUCGUCGCCUCUGCCCCAGCCCCUCGCAACCCAACCAGAGACACAUUCGCCGCAGCAGCCUGCCUGUGUCUAUGCUGGCUUUCCACAAGAUAUCACCCUGCCUCUCACCCCACUGCAGUCCAUCCAGUGAACCGAGCUCUGUGGUGUCCUCUCCCUGUAAUUCCCCCCUUCCCAAGCACCGCCAGCAUCAGCAGAAUGGACACAUUCACCGGCGCCAUCUCAAAGAUGGCUACUCAAGUUUAGAGAGGCUCAACAGGAGGCCCAGGGUUGACAAAUACUCCUUGGAGAAACUGUUUCUGAGACGAGCAUCUCUAGAAAGUAUGAGGACAAACCUGAGGCAUGAUGAGACGUCAUCCUCAGGAGUGACCAGGAACUGCAGCGAGGACAGCAGCAGUGAUGAGGGGGAUGGGGAGGGGCUCUUGGAUAACACAGAGUUUAUUAGGAACCGUAAAGAGCGGUCCACUGUCCUGGUGAGGCGCUUCUACAAGAAUAAUCAAAAGAUGACCAAGUCAGUGUGUACUGGAACCAGAGCGAUUGUCAAGACGCUGCCGUCAGGACACAUCUCAGAGGAGGUCUGGGAGGUGGUUGUUAAUUACAGGAUAUGGCAACCCAGCAAGAAGGAUGUGUGGCCAAUCGUAAUGCGUGGUAUGGGAGAAGAAUUCAGAGCCUGCGGGGAGAUACUGCGUUAUGUUGGAGUAAAGCUACAGCUGGUUAACAACUAUGUGCAGGACAGAGAGGAACUCCACCUGAUUCAUCCUGCCAAAAAGCUCCUGCUGUCUUGCCCUGGAUGCGUGUGUCUCAGGGAGUCUCAUCGGCCGUCGCACCCUCUCAGCACCAGCCCAGACAGACCGGGCCUGAACCCCUGUCUCAAGUCUGGAUGUUGUCACCCUUCUCACUCACCUAGGUUUUAUCUUGCCUGUGGCCAGCGGACGUCGGUGUGUUCGCUUCUGACCGGAGCUCUGCUUGAGGCCACAGCAGCUCUCGGUGCCCGCUCCGCUCUGCCCUACCCUUUGCCCCAGGCCCCCAACAGCCACGCUGUGCUGAAAGAGCGUCAGCUGGCCAACAGUAUGACCACCGCAGGCUCUCUUCCUCCCAGUGUCAGUGGGAUCAGUAAGGAGCUGGCUGAGGUGCGCCACCUUGUUCAGUUCCCCGAGGAGAUUGCCUGCAUCCUUACUGAACAGGAGCAGCAGCUUUACCAGCGGGUCUUUCCCUUGGACUACCUCUCUUUCCUCACUCGAGACCUCGGCAGUCCUGAGUGUCAAACCAAACGACAUCUGAACCUCAAGGCCUCUCUUUCAGUGCCUGCCAUGCCUACCCAGAGUGCUCAGCGAAGUAACGCUGUGGAGGAUCUGGUGGCGCGCUUCAAUGAGGUGAGUUCGUGGGUGACGUGGUUGGUCCUGACAGCAGGGUCCAUGGAGGAGAAGAGAGAAGUUUUCUCCUACCUGGUCCAUGUCGCUAAAUGCUGUUGGAACAUGGGAAACUACAACGGAGUCAUGGAGUUCCUGGCUGGACUCAGGUCCCGCAAAGUGCUGAAGAUGUGGCAGUUUAUGGAUCAGUCAGACAUCGAGACCAUGAGGAGCUUAAAGGAAGCCAUGGCUCAGCACGAGUCUUCCUCUGAGUACAAGAAGGUUGUGACCAGAGCGCUUAAUAUUCCAGGAUGCAAGGUGGUGCCAUUCUGUGGGGUUUUCCUGAAGGAGCUGAGUGACGCGCUGGAUGGGACAGCGAGCAUCAUCAGCCUCAAACCACCUGUGGACAAUCCAGAGGACUCAAUAGAGUUUGUGUCCGAUUAUAGCGGCCAGCACAACUUCAUGUCGCGAUCUGGUCCAGACGGACUACACGUCCCAGAGAAAGAAGCUACUGUCAGCAACAUCCUCCAGAUUAUCAGAUCUUGUAAUCGUAGUUUGGAGGCAGAGGAUCCUGAUGAGACGUCCACCAGUCCCUCUUCUACUGGCCCAUCCCCUGCGUCCAGAAACAACUCCUUCAGGGACCGCUGCCGCAAUCAAUUCAUGGUGGGGGAUUUGUCGGAUUCCGAGGGCGACUUGUCGUCUGAGCCGGUGGUGAAAGAGGUGGAGUUUCAGGGGACUGAGGAGACGCACAGAGCUUUCAGCCAUGGCACUGAGCUCAUUCCCUGGUACGUGUUGUCGCUACAACCAGAUGUACACCAGUUUUUGCUGCAGGGGGCUACAGUCAUCCACUACGACCAGGACAGCCACCUCACUGCUCGCUGUCUGCUGCGACUACAGCCUGACAACACAACGCUCACCUGGGGUAAGCCUCAGAGCGGAGGGGCUUCCCCCACAGAGCAACCACUGGGAUUAGGACAGACUGUGGUGGCAGGACUAGCAGAGGGCCUUCUGGACCUGGGAGUGGUGAAGGCGGUGUUCCUGGGUCAUCAGGGAGUGGACAUCCACGCUGUAUGUUUGCAGAACAAGCUGAGCCAGCUGACAGUGGAGGAGAACGGUCUCAGUCUCCUCUAUGGCCUCAGCACCACUGACAACAGACUCCUGCACUUUGUGGCCCCGAACCACACGGCACGGAUGCUCCAUAAGGGCCUGUCUGAGUUGGUGAAUGCAACCAGAAAAUUAAAGAAGUUCCCUGACCAGAGGUUGCAGUGGCUGAGGAAACAGUAUGUCAGCUUGUAUCAGGAGGAUGGCAGGUACGAAGGCCCCACACUAGCUCAUGCCAUUGAGCUGUUCGGUGGGCGGAGGUGGAACAUGGGCACAGGUGGAGUGGAGAAACCUGCCGCCCAGAAAAACAGCCCUCUGAGCAUCAACGAUAAGACCAAGAAGAAGAAGAAGGUCCUCGUCAGGGGAGACAGUGGAGACGCCACGGAUGAUGAGAUGUUCUCCAGGAAAACCCGGAGCUGUAAGGAGGGACUGUAUCGAAACGGACCGGAGUCUGACAGCAUUGACCAAGAAGAUCCAGAGGACAGCUUCCCUGGACCAUUCUCCCUCUCAUCCAGUAAAAGCCCUGGAUUGCUUGCCUCUUCUUCCUCCUCCUCCUCUUCCUCCAGCAUGGCAGGGUCCAACCAUUCUCGCCCACAAUCCUCUCCCAUCCUCUCCGGAACUGUCAGGUCACAGCCAGGGGCGUGGAGCAGCAGGUCGUGGCACGGUCGAGGGAAAAGCUGCCUCAAAGGCUUCCAGAAUCUCAUGAUUUCUGACAGCACGAUGAGCUUCAUCGAGUUCGUUGAGCUCUUCAAGUCAUUCAGCAUCCGUAGCAGGAAGGACCUGAAGGAGCUGUUUGACACCUUCGCUGUCCCCUGCAGUCGUUCAAGUCCAGAGUCGGCUCCUCUCUACACCAACCUCAGCAUAGACGACAAAGACACGGGGCUACAGCCAGACCUCGAUCUAUUAACCCGCAACGGUUCCGAUCUUGGUCUGUUCAUCCGGACGAGGCAGCAGAUGUCUGAUAACCAGAGGCAGAUCUCAGACGCCAUUGCAGCAGCCAGCAUCGUGACCAACGGGACCGGAGUGGAAAAUGCCUCACUUGGCGUUUUGGGAUUGGCUAUCCCUCAACUUAACGACUUUCUAGUCAACUGUCAGAGAGAGCACCUGAGCUAUGACGAGAUCCUCACCAUUAUACAGAAAUUUGAGCCAUCAUCGAGCAUGAGGCAGAUGGGUUGGAUGUCAUUUGAAGGCUUUGCAAGGUUCCUGAUGGAUAAGGAGAACUUUGCUUCUCGUAAUGAGGAAUCCCUGAUAAACCCAGAGGAGCUGCAGUACCCUCUGUCCUACUACUACAUCGAGUCUUCUCAUAACACCUAUCUGACUGGACACCAGCUCAAAGGAGAGUCCUCUGUUGAGCUGUACAGUCAGGUGCUGCUGCAAGGCUGCAGGAGCGUCGAGUUGGACUGUUGGGACGGAGAUGAUGGCAUGCCGGUUAUUUAUCACGGACACACACUCACCACUAAGAUACCCUUCAAGGACGUGGUGGAAGCAGUAAACCGGUCUGCGUUUGUCAAUUCGGACAUGCCUGUCAUCCUGUCCAUUGAGAACCACUGCUCCCUUCCACAGCAACGCAAGAUGGCUGAAAUCUUCAAGACCGUGAUUGGGGAACGUCUCGUGACACGCUUCCUCUUUGAAAGCGACUUCAGCGACGACCCUCACCUGCCAUCUCCGCUGCAGCUGCGGGGGAAGAUCCUCCUCAAGAACAAGAAGCUCAAAGCGCACCAGGCACCGGUGGACAUCCUCAAACAAAAGGCUCACCAGCUGGCCCACAUGCAGGCCCAGGCCAGCAAUGGGUCACCAGGGGUUACUUCGCCUAGCAACCACACCAAUGAAGAAGAGGAAGAAGAAGAAGACGAGUACGACUACGACUAUGAGUCUCUAUCAGAUGCUGACGUCCUCACAGCCUCUACUGCCUCAUAUGGCCUGGAAGAUAACAUCCUGGAUGACAAGCCAGAGGGGAAGAGCUCAGCAGAUAAAGAAGAGCAACCUGUUGAUGAAAUACCGAAGAGGAUGAAGAAGUCUGAUAGCACCACGCAGAGCAAGGGAAAGGUGUUUGACAUGGAGCUGGGCGAGGAGUUUUACCUCCCUCAGAACAAGAAGGAGAGUCGACAGAUUGCCCAGGAGCUGUCUGACCUUGUCAUCUACUGCCAGGCUGUGAAAUUCCCCGGCCUGUCCACGCUGUCUCCAGCCGGCUCUGGCAGAGGGAAGGACCGAGGAAAGAGCAGGAAGUCCAUAUUUGGCACGGCUCCUGCUCGCUGCAGCACAACAGGGGAGGUCACGACCCAGAGCCGCACCCCUGGGAAAGGUGGUGCUGAGCGGCUGAGCUGGGAGGAGCAGCAGACGUCUCCCAUCCUCAACCCACCCACCUCUCUCAGCGCCAUCAUCCGCACACCCAAGUGCUACCACAUCUCCUCAGUCAACGAGAAUGCCGCCAAGCGCCUGUGCCGGCGGUACUCUCAGAAGCUGAUCCAGCACACUGUGUGCCAGCUGCUCAGGACAUACCCAGCAGCCACCAGGAUCGACUCGACGAACCCCAACCCUCUGCUCUUCUGGCUGCACGGCAUCCAGCUGGUGGCUCUCAACUACCAGACUGAUGAUUUGCCCAUGCAGUUGAACACAGCUCUGUUUGAGGCCAACGGCGGCUGUGGCUAUGUCCUGAAGCCGGCGGUGCUGUGGGACCGCAGCUGUCCGCUCUAUCAGCAGUUCUGUCCGAUGGAGAGGGACGUGGAGAAAAUGAGCCCCGCCGUCUAUUCCCUCACUAUCGUCUCCGGGCAGAACGUUUGUCCCGGUAACAGCGCUGGCAGCCCCUGCAUUGAGGUGGAUGUUCUUGGCAUGCCCAUUGACAGCUGCCACUUCCGCACCAAACCCAUCCACCGCAACACCCUCAACCCCAUGUGGAGCGAGCACUUCCAGUUCACCGUGCACUUUGAAGAGAUGUGUUUCUUACGCUUUGCUGUGGUGGAGAACAACAGCUCCCAGACUACUGCUCAGAGGACUCUGCCUCUGAAGGCCCUCAAGCCAGGUUACAGACAUGUCCAGUUAAGGACACAACAUAAUGAACCUCUGGAGGUAUCAAGUCUGUUCAUCUUCACCCGCAGAACAGAGGAAUGUCCCACAGGGGGCGCUAUUCCCUCAUCACUGCUGUUCAGUUCAGAGGAGAAACGUGCGUCACUGCAGAACAAGGUGACGGUGUACGGAGCCCCUGGUCCUGAGCUCUUCACCGUGUUCGGUGUUACAGAACAGACAACCGCCAAGCAGCUGCUGGACACGGUUGUAGCAUCCACAGGAAACCCGUCAGAGUACUUCCUGUGCGAGGAGAAGGUCCCUCUGCUGAAGGAGCGCAGCGAGAUGAAGCGCUGUGCUCAGCACCGUCCUCUAGCGCCCGAGGAGGAGGUGGUCAGACUGGUGUCCAGCUGGAACUCUGAGGAGGGAUACGUGGGGAGGAUCUGCCUCAAGACGAGAGAGGAGAACUUAAAUGAGAGGAACUCGGUGCCAGAGGGAGAGGAGGAGGUGACUGUAGGAGGCAGAGAAGGAGCAGGAGCAGGAGGUGGAGGAGGGGGAGGAGGAGGAGCAGCAGAGGACGACAUGUUCUUUGUCCAGGUCCAUGAAGUUUCACCAGAACAGCCUCACACUGUGAUCAAGGCCCCGCGCUACAGCACUGCUCAGGACAUCAUACAGCAGACUUUGUCAAAGGCCAAGUAUUCCUGCAGCAUCCUAUCUAAUCCCAACCCAUGUGACUACGUCCUGAUGGAGGAAGUGACCAAGGACUCCGGAUCUAAGAAGACCUCCACCGCCAAGCCCCUGCAGCGGGUGCUGCUGGAUCACGAGUGUGUCUUCCAAGCUCAGAGCCGCUGGCGAGGAGCGGGAAAGUUCAUUCUCAAACUCAAAGAGCAGGUGGUGCGGGAAGACAAAAAGAAAGUAAUUUCCUUCGCCAGCGAGCUCAAGAAGCUGACCAGUCGCAGCCGCAGCAUGACGACUGGCGGUGGAGUAGACGGUCCCGCGCAGAGGUAUCUGUCUGCAGCUGCAGGGCUGAAGGCGUGGGUAGCAGAGGGCAGGGUGGGUGCAGGAAGGUUCCUACAGGCCUCCUCUUCCUCAUCUUCAUCCUUUGGAGGGCAACUCCAACCUGUUCAACUACCCACCUCCUUUCUGACCCCCCAAGCCUGGAAGCUUCACCUCCUCAGGAACUGGAAGAUUCACAAAUGAAGUCCGGAGAGAGAGACACUUGGGUUGACCACUUCUAAACUUGGAGGAUUCUCCUUUCCUAAAGAAAGGCGAGAUGUCCCGACAUAUUGUGGAAAUCUGCGAGAUGAUAUCCCGCCUUGUGUUAGUUGAGCAAGCGGGGGACAUGAUUGAACGGGUUAGGUGACAGAUGCUCAGCCCCUUUGCUUUGUUGAAUGCAUCACUUUAGAGCAGUGAUGUUCAUGUGGGGGCAGGCAGCACUGGCUCCUCAUGGUUUAUUGGUUGUAGUGUGGCUCUGCAGAGAGUCCAGAGUACCAGGGGCAGCUGCUGUUACUGAGGUCAUUGAGUAUGUGAUCAGGAAAAGCUGACAAGUGUUCCUUUUCUUACCAAUAUAAAGGAAGACUUCCCUGAGUCACAUUCAAAGGAUGAGAGGUAUGAAUGCCAGUUUUUUUAUCUCCCAAAUAUUACACCAUGAGACAAAAAGGAGAGCUGCAAAAUGGCCUCUGGAUUGAAUGAGUUUAAGGAACCACAGUUCUUUUAAGAGUUAAUCAAGUGUCCUACCACAAGCUACAGUAUCAUGUAUUUGGUUUAUAAACUAUCCCCCCUUUCUGGUAUCGCACAAUGAAAGCACACAGCAAACGGAGGGAGAUCUGCCUGUAAAAACUGAAGGAGAGAUGUAGGAGAGUACGAGGGGCCUGACGAGGUGAAACAGUAUUCUUCUCUUUCUCAGGUAUGGGCUCUUUAUUUGUCUGAGGGCAUUGUGAAGGAGGCUGACAAGCUGGCUUGUUAGGUUCUUUUCUUACUGUUCCACGUUCACAGUACUGUAAGGGCACAUUUGGGGCAUCGCUCACAGAAAGACACGACAACGUGCUGACACGAAAUAUUCACGUGUUCUGUAAAGGGAGCAGCAAUGCUUCUGGCAGUUUCUUGGACACUACUGUCGCUGCCCUAAAGGUGAUGAUACAUGGACAGCAUUUUGAGGCGGUGAAGCUGUGCAAUAGAGGCAAAUGUGGAGCAGCUUUUGAUGACUGUGUUGAUAAAGUUGCCCUUACAUGUUGCCUGAAAGGUGCAGUGUGUAGGAUUUAGGGAGAUCUAUCGGCAUAAAUUAAAUGUAAUCAUAACUAUGUUCUCGAUGUUCUCAAUGAGGCCGUCAUAUAUACACAGGCAAUUGGUUCUCUUCAGUGGAGCCCGCCAUGUUUCUACAGUAGCCCAGAACGGACAAACCAAACACUGGCUCUAGAGACGGCCUUUUGCAUUUUCAUGUUACCUGGAGGCCACCACAUGGAAGGGUUGAGGGGUAUUCAGUUGGUUGCAAUCUGCAGUCUCACCACUAGAUGGCAUUAGAUCCUACACACUGCACCUGUAAAAUGUUGCAUUACUGCCCUCAACUUUUGGUCGUUUUGUGGCUCUGAGGACAAUAAGUGGCUCGUUUCACAAAGUAUUUUAAUUCUGUCAUCAUUGUCCUAAUUAUGUCAACAGGCAUCUUAUCUGGCCAGAUAAAUAUAUAUUGAUAUAUUGUAACAUUUAUCGAGGAAUGCUACUUAUAACUGGGGCAGGGUUUGAAAUAUUACCAAAACCUUUUCAAUGGCUUCUGUUGAAAAAUUAAAAAAAAAAAAUUGUCUAUAAAACCUUUUCGUUUGUUUAAAGGUGCUAUAUGUAACUCUGGAGAAAAAUAAAUGGUUAUUGAGUCUCAUUUGUAGGUAGUCACAUACUGACAUUUUGGAAUAGUGGUUCGAUCAAAUUACCAACCCAAAGCAACAAAAAUUUAUGACCUACGAAUGAGACCCAACAUUUAUCCUUCUCUAGAGUCACAUACAGCACCAGAAGGAAAAGAAGUUUUCAAAGGUUAAAUUAUCUAAACAGAAGUGGCUGUAAAAAACCUUCACCAAAAUAAAAUACUGCCUAAAAUUGGCAAAGUGAUCAUUUGAAUUCAAAGUUAUCUGAUAGAAAAUUAAAAAUCUGACCAGACUUUUAAUUCCAGGCUCCUAGUUCUAAUGUUUGUAAUGUUAGCAAGCAAUUUUGGCUAAAUUGAAAAUUGUAAACCUGUUGACCUCAGUGCAAAAAGCACUUCAUGGGCAACAAAAAAAUACCUAAAACUCCUUUAUUUAAAUGGAACAAUGAUGAUUUCAGCACUAAGAUCCUUUGAAGAAACAGCCCCGUCUUCUUCAAACAGCAUUUUGCACAUUUUGUUUUUCCUUUUUCUGUCAGUAUCUUCAGUGUUUAUGUGUUAGAUUGUUCUGAGAUGGUCGAUAGUGAUUUUAUUAUGAUCAUCAUAUUUAUUACUUUACAUUUUGGCCCUGUUGCGUAUUUAGUUCUGAGUAAAGCACAAGAUAAAUGUUUGGAUUGUUUUGAAAACUCUUUGUCAAACUAAUUUGGGUCUGUAGUCUGAGCCCAAACAUGAAAUUGCCCACAGGAAAAUACUCUUAAAAAUAGAAUGGAUUGCAUUUCAAUUUAGUUUAUUGGCUUAAAUUUACUGUCCUUGAUAUUGAAUGUAGAUGAGUAGUAUUGAUUGAUUGUCAAUAAUGAUUGUAGACUUUUCUUUAUUUCCACUUAAUACUCGUUUUAUUCUUCUUUCAGAAUUUACUAAAACUUGAUUGAUUUGGGGCCAUUUUCCCCCCUUUUUCUGUUUUAAUGUGUAAUAUUUCCAUAUUAUUAAAAUGUUGAUUAGUUUUAGAUUAUUUUAUUUGGCAUUUCAAUUAUUAAUACAAAGACCCUCCUUUAGUGUAGUCAUGCUGAUCCCUGAGGAGCUCACUAAGAUUUUUAAAUCUACACUUAAACAUUUUAUGUCGUUUGCUCAUGAAUGGUGACGUAACAACAAGAAAAGACCUAAAAGACCCUACCUUACAGUCCCUCACCGUCUGGUGGACUCCCAUGGUACCUUAUAUCUAAAAAAAUAUGUACGGUACUUAAUGGUAAGAGACAGAUAUCUGAUCCUGUUUGAAUUGUGCUGUGAUUUUGUCUUUUUUUUUUUUUACUUACAAAUUAUCUGACAGUGACAAAUAUGAUAUAUGAAAUUCAUUACACAAUUCAAACAGGUUCAAAACAUGAUUUCUCCCUCACCAUUUACUCCCAUAUAUACGUUUUCUGACAUAAAGUCCCAUGGUGGUCCACUGGGUGGGGAGGGACUUCACUUUAUUGAGACAAAAUGACAAUUUUCUGAAUAAUUCUGAAAAAUUACACCGGUAUAAAAAUUUAAAUUUGCCCAUUGUUAAAGGGAAACUUAGGUAUUUUUUUCAACCUGGACCCAGUUUCCUUGUGUUUUUGUGUCUAGUGGAGACAACGGUUUUUGACAUUGGUCUAGUAUUGAGAGUGACCGCAGUGUAAUCCUUACAGACAAUUGUAUACCACCAAUGUACAUCCAUUUUUAGUGCUUGUUUUUGCCAUUGACGGGCUCAGAUUGUUAAUUGAAAUCUGACAAUAUUAUGGAAAAGAGAAAUGGAACAUUUUUCUUAACUUUCUCUCCAUAUUCUGUCUCAAUAUUGGACUAAUUUCAAAAGUGGUCUCGAUUAGUCACUUAGACAUGGGAAAAUAGAGUUUGGAAUCCACAAUACGAUAAUAUCACAAUGCUUAAGUCACGAUUCAAUAUUAUUGCGAUAAAAUAUAUUGCGAUUUAUUACCUUUUUACAACUGUAAAUUGUGUCCCUAAAGGAACAUCUGUCAACAUCCGUUUUAUCUAAUGAGAUAAAGUUUAAAUGAUAAAGUCUUUUUUUUUUGUAUUUGUAAAAAAGUCAAUAUUUGGCACUGUGUGACGAUACGAUAUUGCCACACAAAAAUACUACGCUGUAUCAAUUGUUUCCCCACUCCUAGAAAAUAGGAUCAAGGUUCAUUAGUAUCAAAGUUUCCCUUUAACCCACAUUCCAACAUAAAACUUCAGAUGUAAGAGGAGCUUUCCAAAACCUGCAAGCAGUGAAAAUGCAAGUAAAGACACCAAGUAUAAUUUUAUUUAAAAAGGUCAAUGUGUGUCCUUUUACUUUGACUCUUUAAGUAAAACUUUGCUCAGUGCCAAGUAAUGAUGUUUGAAUUUUAGUGCAAUAGUGAAGUUCUGUCUUUGACCUUUUAGGUUUUUGUUCCACUUCUUGUUUUUAACUCUUAUUUGUUAUCUUCACACAAAAAGCUCUCGUCAGUGGUUAGAAGGACGAUCUUUUAGGAUAGUUACAAUUAAGGUAGAUUAGAUUGUGAUCCAAGAAACCACGACUCUAAACUGGUGGUAACUUCAAACUAUCACGCUGGAUAUCAGCUGAUGUAACUACGUGAAAUCCACACCGACUUUAAGCAGAAAGGGACAUUUUCUGUUAAGCUGUAAAUCUAUAAUCAGUGAUGCAGAGCUGCGUUCCUGGUUUUCCUUCUUUCUAACCUGUAGACCUCAUUUCUGAAUGUAACAUUUCUUAACGUGUUGAACCUGAGACAAAUGUGUGUUUGGAUGUUAUUUAUUUCAAUGUGAAGCCCUGGUUGGCAAUUAUCUGUUGUUGUUUAUGUAUAAUUUCCUGUAAGUAGUGUUUUUUUUAAUUUAUUUCAAUAUGUGAGAGGAUAAACUCUCCACUGCCCUGACUUUACUCAAACUAAUUUAGAGACGUAAAGAAAUAUUUUACUUUAUGUGUAAAAUAUUCAGUAUAGUAUUCAUAUUCCUGGCAUGUUAUUCUGCAGCACACAGCAGCAUCUUUUAAUGCCUUUUAUUUUGUGAGUUUGUAGAAAUCUGGACAAAAGCUGAUAGUUUGAAACUUUGUUUUUGUUUUUUUUUUAAGAUUUUGGUGUAUUCACUAUAUCCGCUGAAUAUGACAUGUGUUUGCUGACUGUGGGCUGUGUUUCAUCUUUAGUGCUCUGUUGUUUCCAUAAGAUGUGCAGUAUACCCAUUAACAUCCACUAUGUGUUAUGAUGUGGCUGUCAAGUGAACAUUUGUGUAUUUACUUGAAUUUUUAAAUGGAUGAGAAUUGGUGGAUUUGUCUUAUACCACAAUCACAAUAAAAAUAAGAAAUACUUAA